GGGUAGCUCUGGAUAAAAGUAGAACAAAACACUGUCAACUAAUUCGCACACAGUGACACCGAAAGCGUGCGAACGAGCCAGUGAUCAACCGAGACGUAUUGGUUCCGUUUCAGGAAUGACUUUUCAAUACGUCUCUAGAGCUUGCCCGAUGCGGAUCGUAAUCGCCCAAGCCGCAAUAAUCGGUUGUUGUGUGAAUGCCGAACACAGAAAAUUUUCCCUCACACCAACAAGCAAAGCCAAACCAGAUGAUGACGGCAGUGUAGGAUUCCGUCGGGAAAACGAGGAUGGUCGGUGCGUUUCGGUCAGAACAGAACAAAGUUUUUCUGCGGCUGCUUCGGUCCGGCAAUAACAGUUUUGGUGGAAGUGAUAUUUUCUUUUGUUGUGAACCUCGGUAUAAUCGCAGCUCCCAAGUGUUCUUCGAGUGUAUUCCGUGAAUAAAGGUGCUAACUAGGAAUAGAAAAUACAAUGGUUUUUGCAUUGUUCAAGCUUGAAUGAUCAGCUGUUUAUUUUUUGUCGUUCGAAAUCUGGAACCCAAUCCGUAACUGUGCGUAGCUAAAAUCCCCUACAGUGUAUUUACGUAAGCGGUGGAACGUGUGUUUGGAGUGUAGCAAAUCCAACUUUGGCAAAUUACAGUUGUGCACAUAAAUCAAAUCCGUAACAUUAGCCGGAUGGUGUUGUGUUUUCGCGAGUGGAAAAUUUUAUUCGAUUGACCAUCGCUCGUUACAUAAAAAACCUUGCAUUCUCGAAACGGGGAAACAAAGUAACAGCAGGUACGUCAACUAAUAGUGUAUGUCGUCUGGUAAAAAAUCAGUGGAUCGUGGCCAAUAAGUAGAUGGUUGGUGAGAAGUACGCGUUGCUUGGGUGACAUGUUACCGAGGACAAUUACACCAACAGAUCGAGAUUGAUUUAUAGUAACCGGCAGUCAUUCGAUGCCGAUAGCCACAGUUCCUGGUAUCGGUGCGGUGCUGUUGCCUCGGGCGGACGGAGGAAAUUUUUGCCAACUUGCCAGGGUGAGCAAGGCGUGGCGGGUACGUAUGAUCAACCACUGGCCGCACAAUCGACGGUGCCAUCUGGACGAGUUGACCUUCACCGGGGGAAACCAAGCGGGUCCAACGGUGACAGUGGCUUCUAUGAGUUGUCAAUUUCGCUCAAACUCAACUGACGGAGACGGGGACGAGGACAGUGCUGUUUUGUGUUUGCAAGCUUCGGUAGAUUUUAAUUGAUCCGCUUAUCCGGUGUUCAAGAUGGGUGAAGAAAGCGUCGAGUGUAAUGAGGGCAAGCUGAUCAACAAAAACGGUGGCUACAGUCCUGUCAAGCAACUCGACAAUGGCGAUCUGUCACGAAGCGAUAGUCAGAGAAAAAUAGUUAAAAUUCAAAUCGACGAAGCACCUAACACUCCCAGAACUUCGCCCAACCAUGCCCCACAUGGCAGCAGCAACGGAAAGGUUGAGGACAAAGCAUUGCUACCGGGCAGCAACGGUGCGGUCCCGGGGAUUCCCGGUAAGGAUCAUCAACACGAGGAACCGGACAAUGACGAUGACUACGAGCUGAUUCCACCGGACGGUGGCUGGGGAUGGCUGGUGCUAGCCGGUUCCAUGUUAGUUAACAUACUGGUACCUGGUACGAUCAAGAGCUUUGGCGUAUUGUUCGUAGAGUUUCUAGAAGCAUUCCAAGCGUCUCCGUCGGCCGCCGCGUGGAUCCCUGCGUUGUGCUACUUUCUUUACAGUUCUCUUGGGCCACUGUCGAGCAUCCUGUCGGUGAAGUACAGCUACCGGACGGUCACGAUAAUCGGUGGAACGUUUGCGGCAGCAGGGAUGAUUCUUACUUACUGGGCUACGUCGAUCAACUACUUGUACAUAAGCUAUGGGGUGCUUGUGGGAACGGGAGCUGGACUGUCCUUCCCGCCUACCGUUUAUAUAGUGACUUCAUAUUUCGUCAAACUUAGAGGACUGGCAAAUGGGCUGUGUAUUUCUGGAAGUGCACUUGGAUCAAUUAUUCUGCCACCGGUGCUGCGGUAUUUACUAAUCAAUUUCGGUUACCGGGGUUCUUGUCUGAUUAUGGGUGCAAUCACACUGAAUGUAUGGGUGGCUGCGAUAUUCUAUCAACCCGUCGAGGACCACAUGAAACGGGUGAAAAAAGUAAAGGAAAGCGAUCAAUUGACUGUGGAUGAUACAAUCCUAGAAGAGUCUGAAACUGGCGAAGACAAGGAUGCGUCGCAGAAUCCGAACAAAUCUUCGAUCAAGCCUAAAUUCAUGAUCCACGAUGACGACACUCCGCUGGCAACACCAACACUAGAGCACAAAUCCCCGGACAUUUUCCGGUUUAAUCCUAAAAACGGACUGAUCGAUAGUUUCGCGAGAAGCGUUUCGGCAGCAGCUGUUCCUGCGUCGUACCACAGAGACGAAAGUUUGCACAGGCAUCGUAAGAUCAGUACUCCAAUCAAAGAGGAGCAUCGCAAUUUAACGUUCACAAGCCAACUGAAUGAGUCUCAAGGUUCACAUAUCCGUUUAAGCAGGCUGAAUAGCAUGCGAAGUAGCGUUAGACCUCCAAGGCGAUCUCCGUCGACCAGUAGUUUUCAGUACAUCAGUACACCGUAUCAUGGAAGCACAUUGUCCACGCAUCAACCGCGAGAGUUCGCUUCUCAUCUUUCACUUAGAUCAAUUGCCGAUAGCUUUAAACCAUCUUCCAAACUUCACGGUGAGCAGUCCGAUCAGGCAUCGGAUCGAAAAACGUUUUUCGACUUAUCGUUACUGAGCAACCCGACGUAUUUAGUAAUUUUGAUUUCUAACUCCACUAAUGCAAUUGGCUACACCAAUUUCAUUAUACUUCUACCGGCCUAUGCAAUCUCGCUAGGAUUCGAUAAGAGCUUGGCUGCCUAUCUGCUGUCGAUCGUGUCCACGCUGGACCUGGUUGGGCGAAUCGGAGGAUCUGCCCUAUCCGACACCAAUCUCAUCCCAAAAACAUGGUACUUCGUCGGUGGGCUAUCGAUCUCCGGACUUUCCCUUGCGAUGCUCCCUCUGGCUACUUCGUACUCGUCCGUUAGUGCUUUCUGUGCCUUGUUUGGGCUUGCAUCGGGUACAUACGUCGGAAUCACCGCCGUCAUCAUGGCGGAUAUGUUGGGAACGGAACGGUUAACCUCAUCGUACGGUAUUAGUUUGUUUGUCAACGGCAUCCUGCAGCUGGUGGGUCCACCGAUUUGUGGAAUCAUAUUCGAAAGCAUUGGUCGAUACCAGCCGCUCUUCACCGCGCUUGGAUUCAUCCUGCUCGGUGGAUCUGCCCUGUGGGGUUUUAUGCCACUGAUAUCGAGAAAUAAACUUCGGAAGGAACAGAAAGCGGCCGAGGAUCUACUGGAAACGGAGAAGAGCUUAAUUGCAUAAACUGUGCGUUUUGACCAAAGAAUCGAUCGGAGAAUUAGGUUUUGUUUUAUCAUAUGGAUAUAGUUUGACUUACGAAGGAAGAAAUAUAUAGAGUUUGGCCGAUUUUUCAUAACAAUAAAGUGUGCUUCGAUGGUUCUCCGAAGUCAUUUCAGAUGUAAAUUGAGUGAUAGGGUUUGACAACUUGUCUAAAUGAGAUCUUUUUAGAACACGCAACAAACAGGUAGUCCGCCUUUUCAUUAGAUCAGUGAAAGGUAGCGGAUGCUUAAUUUUAGGUCAAUAUAUUUAGGAGACAACAAAAACACAAUAUGAGUAUUAUAUUUUUAGCUAUUUACAAAAAAAAAAUCAUGUGAGCUAGUAGAUAAAAUGAGCGGGAGUAUAAAACUUACGUACGAAAUGGUUCGAUUUAAAAUGAAACAGAACAAUCCCGUAGACACGAGAAAAAAAUAAAUAAAUACGAAAUAAAGAAGAGUGCGCAAGAUGGUGUCAAAAAGCACGAAAUGGAACUUGUGCUAUAUCAGCUACCAUAAAUAUGUAAAUGUUAAUAAUCAAUUUUAUCAAUGUAAUGUUUAAAUCUAUCUUUUAGUGCUAGUAAUAAUUUGAAAGACGAAAAAAUAAUAGCAAUCAAAAACUCUACAAA